AUGGCUAGCUUCAAGUCAUUAUUGUUAAAUGUUUUCUUUUUUUCGUUGGUACAAAUAAGGUGCGAGUCACAUGACGAGAAGAAGUGUGAACAAUGGGAUUCGUGGUCUGCGUGCAAGAACGGAAUUAGCACCAGGAUAUGUUUAACGGACGAAUCCGUAACAGAUGAGGUAACCUGCCAAGUGUGUGACGUUUGGGGAGAUUGGUCUGCUUGUAAAAAUGGAAAGAGACACAGAAUAGUAGUUAACUGUCCCUUCAUUCGGGAAGAUCAGGAUUGUGAUCCAAACAAGUCAAACGAACAAAACACCGGAAAUAAUACCACCAUUUAUUUUAACAAUUACGAUCAUGAUCAUGAUGACGAUGAGCAUGAUGACAACUUCGAAGAGACCUUGGAGGAAGAAAGCAAUUUACCCGUCACGGGGGAUAGCAGCCAACCGAGUUUCCUCCAACGAAAUUCUCAUAUGGAAGGAAAACAGGACGGCAUGAGCGAAAGUUUCGCGCACAUUGACGAGGCGGAUGCGACUGUGCAGCAGCACAACGAUAUGUUGACAGACACGACCUCCUCUGAAGAGUCACCCUUCGCAAGUGAUGCGAACAACGAAAUACAUGAAAAUCACCUCAACCAAGAUGCUGUGCAUGAACCACAUAAUAACAUUGAUGAAGCACAAACGGAUGAAACACAUUUGAGCAGUCACAACCUCGCACAUGAAGAAGCGGACGCAGCCCCAUUCAGUAUGCCCAAAAGAGCAAGGAAUUUCCGUGAACAUAAGUUUGAGGAUUUUUCAAGCACCUCUGGAGAAGGCCAAAAUGCAAAUAAUACAGAGGGAAAUACAAAUUAUAACAGCUUCAACGAACAGGAACAAAAUCAGUAUGAACACAGCAACAGUGAAGGGAGACAAAAAAAACACAAUACCGGAGCGGGAAAUGGAGGUGCACCAAAGUUUAAUCAAACAUACAUCGCCAGUGGAAUGGGUCUUCUCUUUCUCGUAACUGGAAGUGCCGCUAGCUAUGCUUUGUAUAACGGCAAGUACCAACAACUGAAUGAACAGGCAAAGAAUGAAAAUUUUGAAGUCAUGUUUAACGAAGACAUGAAGGCUAAAGAAAGCAGCAAGUCCAUGUACGAGGAUGAGUUCUGGGCCCUCGGUUGA